GGGUGGGGUCCUGUGACGUCAGCGAGUCCGAACGGCCAGAAAGAAGCUACGGGCCGGGGGCGCGGAGCCGAGAGAACCGGCCCGAGAGCCGAGCCGGGAGAGCGGAGCGCGGCGGAACUGGCCCGGAGCCGAGCCGCUCAGGCACCUGCUCGCCUGCCCCGCCGAUCGGCGUCCGCAGAGUAGCCCACGGGCCUCCGCCCGGGCCCAGCCCCUCCCCGGGCCCCCCAUGGCCCGGGCCGCAGCCCUUCCGCCGUCCAGAUCGCUGCGGACGCUGCCGCUGCUGCCGCUGCUGCUGCUGCUGCUCCGGGAAACCGGAGCCCAGGAUGUGCAGGUGCGCGUGCUGCCCGAGGUGCGGGGCCACCUGGGGGGCACCGUGGAGCUGCCGUGCCACCUGCUGCCACCAGCCUCUGAGGUCCAGGUGUCACAGGUGACGUGGAUGCGCAUGGAUGCUGCUGGGAUCAGCUCGAACGUGGCUGUUUUCCACCCUUUGUACGGGCCCAGCUUCCCCAGCCCGAAGCCUGGCAAGGAGCGGUUGUCCUUUGUCACGGCCAGGCAGAGCCCUGGGGCUGGGCAGGGCGCGAAGAUGGAGCUGCGAGAUGCCACGCUGGCGCUGGGGGGGCUGACGGUGGAGGAUGAAGGCAACUACACCUGCGAGUUUGCCACCUUCCCCCAGGGCACCGGCCGUGGAGUGACCUGGCUCAGGGCCAUAGCCCAGCCCCAGAACCGUAUUGAGAAGCAGGAGGUCCCGCUCAGCCUGGAGCCUGUGCCCGUAGCCCGCUGUGUCUCCACGGGGGGCCGGCCACCCGCCCGGAUCUCCUGGCUUUCGCCCUUGGAUGGGGAGGCCAGAGAGAGCCAGGUGUCCGGGUCUGUGCCCGGCACAGUCACCGUCACCAGCCGCUUCACCCUGGUGCCCUUGGGCCGAGCAGACGGUGUCGAGGUCAUCUGCAAAGUGGAGCACGAGAGCUUCAAGGAGCCCGAUCUGCUGUCUGUGAGCCUCUCCGUGCGCUACCCCCCUGAAGUCUCCAUCUCUGGCUAUGAUGACAACUGGUACCUCGGCCGUAGUGAGGCCACCCUGAGCUGUGACGUCCGCAGCAACCCAGAGCCCACAGGCUAUGACUGGAGCACAACCUCGGGCACCCUACCAGCCUCAGCCGUAGCCCAGGGCCCCCAGCUGAUCAUCCACUCGGUGGACAAGCUGGUCAACACCACCUUCAUCUGCACGGUCACCAACGCCGUGGGCACAGGCCGCGCAGAGCAGGUGGUCCUCGUUCGAGAGACUCCCAACACAGCAGGCGCAGGGGCCACGGGUGGCAUCAUUGGGGGCAUCAUUGCUGCCAUCAUUGCCACCGCUGUGGCUGCCACGGGCAUCAUCAUCUGCCGGCAGCAGCGGAAGGAGCAGGGGCUGCAGGGGGCAGAGGAGGAGGAUGACCAGGAGGGGCCUCCCUCGUACAAGCCACCCACCCCAAAGGCGAAGCUGGAGGAGCCAGAGAUGCCCUCCCAGCUCUUCACUUUGGGGGCCUCGGAGCACAGCCCACUCAAGACCCCCUACUUUGAUGCUGGUGUCCCAUGCGCUGAGCAGGAAUUGCCUCGAUACCAUGAGCUGCCCACCUUGGAAGAGCGGUCGGGGCCCCUGCUCACAGGGGCCAUGAGCCUGGGGUCCCCCAUCCUGGUGCCUCCAGGGCCACCAGCUGUGGAGGAGGUUUCCCUGGACCUCGAGAAUGAAGAGGAGGAGGAGGAGGAGGAGGACUAUCUGGACAAGAUCAACCCCAUCUAUGAUGCCCUGUCCUACUCCAGUCCCCCUGAUUCCUACCAGAGCAAAGGCUUUGUCAUGUCCCGGGCCAUGUAUGUGUGAGCUGCCAUGGCCCUGGCCUCUUGCUGCUCACUUUAUGAUCUCUCGGCUUUCUGCCAGGGAUCUAAUGCCCCCUGACUGCUGGCCAGGCCACUGUCAAUUUACACACAUGCAUCUCAUCUGUGACUUCUACCAUGGUGGCUCCACUAUGACCUCUAAUCCAUGACCUCUGACCCAGAGAAACCAGCCAUGACAAUGGAAACCUGGUAACCUUAUAUCAUGAGGGCCUAGGGGGGUUCUGUUUCUGCACAACCUCUGACCCCAAGGACUCCUAAGACUGUGACCUUGCAUCAUACCUCUCAUGUCCCACCAUCUCCAGACUCCCCCCACAUCCCAGAGAAGACUCCAGUCCUCUGAUUUGUCUUCAGACAGUAAACUCCCAAUAGCUUUGCUGGGGUGGGCACUGGGGGUACCCUGCUGCUCAGACCUGAGCCCUCCAGGCGGCAGAGACCCACUCGCCCCCUCCCCACCCUGUCUGUUCCCCAAAGGUGGGAGGGAGGGGAUUCCCCAGCCCCAGGCAGAGCUUCCCCAUCCCUUCCUUCCUGCAGGCAGGAGUCCCAGGGUCCACACACUUCCCUGAGCCCCACUACCCCAAUUUCUGUCCACAGGUAAUUAAACCCCAGCCCAGGGCUAGAUGGGGUGAGCCUCAUGCACAGUGUGCCUUGCCAGCCCCAGCCGUGGGAGAAGAAUUUGCUGUUACUCUGAACACUAUUGACUACUUUUAUUCCUGCCCAGUGGGAUGGGACCCAAGCGUCCCCCUGGGGGGGGAAAGUGGGUCACCUGGGUUGGGGGUAGGGGAUAUAUUGUUUUGUAAUAUAGCAUUUCCUAGAAAAUAUGAGUUUGUACUUUGA